AUGACGCUGAGGAAUGUCAAAAUCUUCUUUGCAAGAUGGAAAUAUUUGAUGUUCGCCUGUUGUGUAACAUAUCUACUAGUCGUAUAUGCCCCUUUUCCAAACUCUAAUCAAAAAAAUUGGCGAGAAGGAGAAAUCGAGCUGAGUAAUGAACACGAGACAGAGAAAACAGAAGCUAAAAAAGAAGAAGAAAAAACCGACAAGAAUAAGGUAUUUAAAUUUAAUCCAGUUGGAAAAGAACCAUUUGAUGUGGAGGAAAUUCUGACCUCGAGUGAUAUAAAAAUAUCAGAAAGAAUGAAUGCAAAUGUGAAACCAGGCGAAAAGCGAAUAAUCCUUUCCUGGAACGCUGGUCAUUCACCAGAUAAUCUACAAGGAUGUCCUGAUUGGAAUUGUGAGUUCACUCAAGUUCGUUCAAGAGUAAAUGAAGCUGCGGCGGUUUUGAUUGCUCACAAUGACCCAGAUUUCAAACCAACUCCUGACCAAUAUGUUCUAUAUUUUAGUCAAGAGUCACCUGCAAACUCUGGAAUCUCAUUACCAAGAACUGAUUUUGUGAAUAUGACGUUGGGUUUCCGACAUGAUACACCUGCUGGAUCUCCAUAUGGAUAUUCUGUUAAGUUGGGACCAAAAUCUAGACUGCAAGGACCGGUUGUGGAUGCCAGUCUAGUCAAAGGAAAAUCAAAAGGAGCUGCUUGGUUUGUGAGCCAUUGUCAAACGAGUAGUAGGAGAGAAGAGUUUGUUCGAAGACUGCAGAAACAUAUUCAAAUUGAUAUCUAUGGUGGAUGCGGUCCAAUGAAGUGUCCGAGAGGAAAUAAGAAAUGUGACACUAUGCUGGAUACUGACUAUCACUUCUAUGUGACUUUCGAAAACUCCAUUUGUCAGGAUUACGUAACAGAGAAACUGUGGAAGUCUGGAUAUCAAAAUACAAUCAUUCCAUUAGUUCUGAAAAGAAAACUUGUUGAGCCAUUUGUCCCUCCGAACAGUUUCAUCGCUGUGGACGAUUUCAAAAGUGUCAGAGAAAUGGGAGAUCAUUUGAAAUACUUAAUGAGUAACAAUACGGCAUAUAUGGAAUAUUUCGAAUGGAGACGUGACUACAAAGUAAUAUUCCUGGACGGAUCUCAUCAUGACGUUUUAGAAAGGCCGUGGGGCUUCUGCCAAGUAUGUCGAAUGGCUUGGACGGAUCCACGUCAGAGGGUUAUUAUACCAAAUUGGGAUGUGUAUUGGAGGCAGUCGUGCGAGAAGGAUGGAGAGUUGGUGAAGUCGAUUCCAGAUGUUUUAUAA